AUGGCGAGGCUUUGUCUUUCUCAAACGGGCUCGAUUCGAAGCCGGCGACGACUCUGGGCCGGGGUCGGAACAAUAGCCGACUUUCACACUCCAGAUCCGCCCCACAUUUUCCAUGCGUGCGCUUGCACAAAACGCUCUCAUAUGCAUUCCCCAGAUUCUCUUUCCACUUUGUUCUCCACCAACUUCUUGUACACCUCUCAACUCACAAUGUACAAGGUCCACAACCCCUACCUUACGGCGGCGGUAGCCACCAUGGGCGGUAUGCUCUUUGGUUUCGAUAUCUCGUCGGUUUCCGCCUUUGUCGGCGAAGACCAGUACAUGCAGUACUUUGGUCACCCCACCUCCAUCCAGCAGGGAGGUAUCACAGCCUCCAUGGCCGGCGGCUCCAUGCUGUCGUGUUCGUUUGCCGGUUUCAUUUCUGACCGAAUCGGCCGAAAGCCCACUAUCCAGAUUGCUGCUGCCUGGUGGAUAGUCGGCGCGGCCAUUCAGUGCUCAGCCCAGAACAUGGGCCAGCUGAUUGCCGGCCGUGUCAUCUCCGGUAUUGGUAUUGGUAUUGGUUCUUCUCAGAUUCCUGUCUUCAUUUCCGAGCUGUCCCCCAAGAAGAUUCGAGGUCGGCUGGUCGGCUGUUUCCAGUGGGCCGUCACCUGGGGUAUUCUGAUCAUGUUCUACAUCUCCUUUGGUUGCUCGUACAUCAAGGGCCCUGCUUCUUUCCGUCUGGCCUGGGGUAUCCAGAUGAUUCCCGGAGCCAUGCUGGCGUUUGGAAUGAUGUUCCUGGACGAGUCGCCUCGAUGGCUGGCAUCCAAGGACCGUUGGGAAGAGGCCAUCCAGAUCAUCCGAUCUGUCAACGGCAACUACGGUACCGAGGAGGACAUUCUUAUGGAGAUUGAAGACUUGCGAGAAGUGGUGCGAAUCGACCACGAGUCCAAGACCGUCAUGGUGUGGGAUCUGUUCCGAAAGGACUCCAUCAACCGAACCAUGGUGGGUAUCUGGGCCCAGAUCUGGCAGCAGCUCACCGGAAUGAACGUCAUGAUGUACUACGUGGUCAUCAUCUUCAAGAUGGCCGGCUACUCCGGAAAGUCUUCUGUUCUUGUCUCCUCCUCUAUCCAGUACAUUAUCAACGUGGUCAUGACCAUUCCUGCCCUGCUCUUCAUUGAUAAGAUUGGACGACGACCUCUGCUCAUUGUCGGAUGUCUCUUCAUGAUGACCUGGCUGUUUGCCGUCGGAGGAAUGCUCGGUGCUUACGGUACCCAGAUGCCCGGAGGUCUGCCUGCCAACCCCGAAAAGAACAUUGCUGCCGACCCCUACACCACCAUCUUCAUCGACGACAACCACAAGACUGCGCGAAAGGCCAUCAUUGCCUGCUGCUAUCUGUUUGUGGCCUCGUUUGCGCCCACCUGGGGUCCCGGUAUCUGGCUCUACUGUUCGGAAAUCUUCCCCAACAAGCAGCGAGCUAUGGCCAACUCCAUCACCGCUGGAGCCAACUGGGCUUUCAACUUUGCUCUGGCCAUGUUUGUGCCUACCGCCUUCAAGAACAUCAACUGGAAGACGUACAUCAUCUUCGGUGUCUUCUGUGUCGUCAUGUGCAUCCACGUCUUCCUGCUCUUCCCCGAGACCAAGGGUAAGACUCUGGAGGAGAUUGACAUGAUGUGGGACGCCAAGGUGCCUGCGUGGCGAACCGCCUCCUGGGUGCCCGACCACAUGCCUUCUCGAUACGCCGAGAAGGAUCUGGACGAGAAGCCCAUGGACGAGCUUGCUGAGGAGCCUUCUCACGAGGAGGACCCUCAUCCUCAGUACACCGAGACUGUUUAA